AGGAAAAGAGGGAGGCGGUCCGGAGUGGUUGACUGACAGAUAGAAUGGCGAAUUGAAAUGGGAGGAUGGGCUGUUUCUCAGAAGUUUCCCCCCUUUUUCCUGGGCGGAAGUUAAGGGUUUCCAUAGAAACCAAUACAGAAAUUAAAACAAGAGACUGGGUACAGAGUAAGCACAGAGACUAGACUGUCUGAGACUUCUAAGGGACCAACAACUGGGUGGACAGCCAAUGGGAUGGUCAUUGGAUUAUGGACCGCCACCCUGAGAAGUACCACCUUAGAGUCCCAAAUCCUGAAGAAUGAGGCAAUAAAGAAAACGAGUCACGAUACCCAUCACAACGCACAGUUUACUUGCAGAACAAAAGUUACUGAAUACAAAUGUUAGAAAACAGAGGUCUUUGCAAGUCCUAACUGCCUUCUCCCUGUCUCAGAAGACACCCUUCCAGAAUCCCAGAAUGGCUUCCGUCCCUCCAGAGGAACAGUGGACAUGAUCUUCACUGCAUGACAGCUCCAAGAAAAAUGCAGGGACCAAAAUCCUCUGGGCACCUUCCUGCCUGUCAACAUCCUUCUUGAAUUGCUUGGACACAUGUCUGACCAAAACGGGUUGAGCAGCUGCAAUAAAUCACUCUGACCAUGAGGUCAUGAGUUCGAGGCCAGCCCGUGGCAGGGUGAGCACCCGUCAAUUAAAAAAUAAAAAAUAGCCCCUGCUUGUUGCUGACCUUGCAACCCGAAAGAUAGUUGCAUCUAUCAAGUAGGAAAUAAGGUACCACUUAUAAAAAAGUGGGGAGGCAAGGUUAACUAAUUUACGACCUGGAAUGAGGAAGUGCCGUCAAAGUCGAUGAUGAAGCAGCUGCUCCCCCCUGUGGCCAGAAUCGAACAUCCCCUCAGAAGGUUAAAUUGCCUCUGCGUCUGUCUGUCUCGGUCUCUGUUUGAUAUGUUUAUGGGCAUUGAAUGUUUGCCCUAUGUGUGUAUAAUGUGAUCCGCCCUGAGUCCCCUUCGGGGUGAGAAGGGCGGAAUAUAAAUACUGUAAAUAAAUAAAUAAAACCAACCUCUGUUCAUGGCAUUCAUUGACCUUGCAAAGGCAUUCGACACAGUGAAUCGCAACGCUCUCUGGACCAUCCUCCAAACAAUCGGGUGCCCUGACAAAUUUGUGAACAUCCUGCGGCUCCUCCAUGAUGACAUGAUGGCAACAGUCUUGGACAGCAACGGCUCCCAAACUGACCCAUUUAAGGUGGAAUCGGGAGUCAAGCAGGGAUGUGUUAUUGCCCCCACCUUAUUUUCCAUCUUCAUCGCUAUGAUACUUCACCUUGUUGAUAGGAAGCUUCCCACCGGAGUGGAAAUCAUCUAUCGGACAGAUGGCAAGCUAUUUAACCUCAGCAGACUGAAAGCCAAAACCAAGGUCACCACAACAUCUGUUAUAGAACUCCAAUAUGCCGAUGACAACGUAGUCUGUGCGCAUUCAGAAGAAGACCGACAAGCCACUCUAAACACCUUCAUAGAAGCAUACUAAAAGCUCGGCCUCUCACUGAACAUCAAGAAAACCAAAGUGCUCUUCCAACAGGCACCAGCUAAUCCCUCUGCAAUGCCAAGAAUACAGCUUAAUGGUGUAACAUUAGAAAACGUUGACCAUUUCCGCUCCCUUGGCAGCCACCUCUCCACAAAAGUCAACAUCGACACUGAAAUACAACACCACCUGAGCUCUGCGAGUGCAGCAUUUUUCCGAAUGAAGCAGAGAGUGUUUGAUGACCAGGACAUGCGGAGAGAUACCAAGGUGCUUGUUUACAAAGCCAUUCCCCUCCCAACCCUGCUCUACGCCUGCGAAACGUGGGCUGUGUACAGACGUCACACUCAACUCCUGGAGCAUUUCCAUCAGCGUUGCCUCAGGAAGAUCCUGCAAAUCUCUUGGGAAGACAGGCGGACAAAUGUCAGCAUGCUUGAGGAAGCAAAGACCACCAGCAUUGAAGUGAUGCUCCUACGCCAUCAACUCCGCUGGACUGGCCACGUUGUCCGAAUGCCCGAUCACCGUCUCCCAAAGCAGUUGCUCUACUCCGAACUCAAGAACGGGAAACAUAAUGUUGGUGGGCAGAAAAAGAGAUUUAAAGAUGGGCUUAAAGCCAAUAUUCAAAACUGUGGCAUAGACACUGAGAACUGGGAAGCCCUUUCCCUUGAGCGCUCUAAUUGGAGGUCAGCUGUGACCAGCAGUGCUGCGGAGUUUGUAGAGGCACGAAUGGAGGGCUUAAGGAAGAAACGUGCCAAGAGGAAGGCUCGUCAAGCCAAUCCUGACCGAGACCGCCUUCCGUCUGGAAACCGAUGUCCUCACUGCGGGAGAACAUGCAGAUCAAGAAUAGGUCUCUUCAGCCAUCUACGGAUCCAUCCCCAAGAUAACAGAAAUGGAGGACCAUCAUCCUCGAAUUACGAGGGAUCGCCUAAGUAAGUAAGUCCUAUAUACAUAUAGAUCCAUGUACCUGUACAUCUGUAUCCAUAUAUAUAUACAUUAUUUAACCUACUGAUUCCUCAAUUAAUGUAAUUUUAUUGGUAUCUAUUUUUAUUUUGAAAUUUACCAGUAGCUGCUUUAUUUUCCACCCUCAGCUUAUACUCGGGUCAAUAAGUUAUCCCAGUUUUUUGUGGUAAAAUUAGGUGCCUCAGCUUAUAUUCGGGUCGGCUUAUACUCGAAUAUAUACGGUAAUUACAUUCCUGCUGAUUUCUUAAAAGGCUAGCAACUCCAAUAUGAACAGUAAAGGGUUAAGGUAUUUCAAUUUUAAAUCUAAAUACUAAUAGCAUUCCAGGAAAAAAAAAAGCGUGACAUGAAUCUUCCAUCUUUUCACAGCCAUAUGGGCACAGUGUUAGGUAUGCCACCGUAACGCCCACUGACUUCCAUUCCGUGCAAGGUACGUAAUGACUUCUCGUGUGCACUGGAUAUACGGCACAGAAACACCCUAAGACGUGGCAUUCUGUUAGUCACAUAUGAAUCUGAAAAUGUGAUUCCAACUUUAGGUUUGUUUAUCAAAUGAACUCAUUAUCCCACUAGAGUCGUAUUAUCACUGAUAGUAGAUGGAGAUACACACACAUACACACAUCAGUUGCAUCAAUUUGGCAACCCUUGCUCUCAUAAUUAUAUUUUCCAUGCAUCUUUGUAGCCCCUUAAUAAUCAUGUUGGAACAACUGCAGGGAAAGACUGGCAAAGUAAUAAAGUAUAUUCCCAAUGCACAGACUCGUAACAAUUAGAUCAUCCUCUUAGACCUCUGGAGGACCAAGGUGCGUGAUGCAAAUAUAGACUCAUAGAACCACAGAGGGAGAAGAGACCCCCACGGGCAUUUGGUCCAGCCCUCUUCUGCCACGAAGGAAAACACAAUCAAAGCACUUGUCAGGGAUUCCUCUUCUUUAGAAGAGGAAGGGGAACAGGAAAGUGUUCAUGAAUCAGAGGGUGAGUUGGAAUCUGAGGAGGAGACUUUGCAAGUACCCACAUUUCAGGAGAGGUGAAAGAAAACAGAGCAGGGACGUCUUUCAGCUAGAAUAGCUGGCAGAAAUGCAGCUGAGUAAUUAGGAACCACCCUAACAGUUGUGGGGGAACUCAGGCUAUAAAUCAGAAGCAGGUGCAGUCAGCUUUUGCUGGUAACAAACUGACUCUAAUGCCUAAGCCUUCGCUCCCCUUGUGCCUGCUUCAAGUCUGCAUCUGGAUUUAUUGCUGUUUCUUUGUUUGAAGUAAGACUACUGUUUGAUUUGGGAGUUCACCAAGAGACUGUGUUUUCCCUAUGACUUCCUUGUUUCUUUUUGCAUUAUUCCAUUGAAUGUGCUAUGCUUUGUGAAGUAAAGCAGUUUUCAUUUACUUACCACAGUGUGUUAAGGCUGUUCUUGAAAGACAAAACUGGACAGCACUACAAAAAGAUGGCCACCCAGCCUCUGCUUAAAAUCCUCCAGAGAAGGAGACUCCACUGGACUCCACUGCAACAGCAAUUUGAAUCCAUUGCUCCUUUGUAUCCCAGUUUCCAGAGCAGCAGAAAACAAGCUUGCCCCCUCUUGAACAUGACAUUCCUUCAAACAUGGCUCUUAUGUCCUCUUUCAACCUUCUCUUCUCCAAGAGAAACAUACUCAGCAACCUAAUCUAUGGGUUGCUGUGAGUUUUCCAGGCUGUAUGGCCAUGUUCCAGAAGCAUUCUCUCUUGAGCAAACAGGAGAAUUCCAGCUAACACCUCCCAACAAAGGAUUCCCCCAGGCAGGAAGCAGCCAGGCUUUGAAGCUGCAAGGUUAUUCAAUGCUAAUCAAGCUGGCAAACUGCAGCAUUGACUUGCCUCCAACAGACAAAAGUUCUUUCUCCCUCCCUGGACACUCCACAAAUGUUAAUGUUUGUGUAUUUUAAAGUUGUUAAUUGUAAUGCAUUGAUUUUAUUGUAAGUUGCUUUGAGUCUGUUGUAGAGAGAGAAAAGUGGGGUAUAAACAAACAUUAUCAUUGGAUUGCUGUGAGUUUUUCAGGCUGCAUGGCUAUGUUUCAGAAGCAUUCUCUCCUAAUGUUUCACCUGCAUCUGUGGCUACUGGGCAUCCUUAGAGGUCUGUUGGA